CAUCCCUGCUCUUGCACCGGUCUCCAUCUCCCAGCAGAAGGCGCAGCCAUGAAUCCGUUAUUCGGCCCCAAUCUCUUCCUCCUACAGCAGGAGCAGCAGGGCCUGGCCGGCCCGCUGGGGGACCACCUGGGAGGUGACCACUUCACCGGGGGAGGGGACCUGCCCGCGGCGCCUCUCGCCCCGGCCGGCCCCGCUGCCUACUCGCCGCCCGGGCCGGGCUCGGCCCCGCCUGCCGCCAUGGCCCUCCGCAACGACCUGGGCUCCAACAUCAACGUGCUCAAGACCCUGAACCUCCGGUUCCGCUGCUUCCUGGCUAAGGUGCACGAGCUGGAGCGCCGGAACCGGCUGCUGGAGAAGCAGCUGCAGCAGGCGCUGGAGGAGGGUAAGCAGGGCAGGCGGGGCCUGGCUCGCCGCGACCAGGCCGUGCAGACCGGCUUCAUCAGCCCCAUCCGGCCCCUGGGGCUGCCCCUGGGCGCCCGGCCGGCUGCCGUCUGCACCCCUUCAGCGCGGGUGCUGGGCUCGCCCGCGCGCUCGCCGGCCGGCCCCCUCGCGUCCUCCGCGGCCUGCCACUCGUCGCCAUCCACUUCCACUUCCACCUCCACCUCCACCGCCUACUCCUCGUCGGCCCGCUUCAUGCCCGGCACCAUCUGGUCCUUCUCACACGCCCGCCGGCUCGGGCCGGGACUGGAGCCCACUCUGGUGCAAGGGCCUGGCUUGUCGUGGGUGCACCCCGAUGGGGUCGGCGUCCAGAUCGACACCAUCACCCCCGAGAUCCGCGCGCUCUACAACGUGCUGGCCAAAGUGAAGCGGGAGAGGGACGAAUACAAGCGAAGGUGGGAAGAGGAAUACACGGUGCGGAUACAGCUGCAGGAGCGUGUAAAUGAGCUCCAGGAGGAAGCCCAAGAGGCUGACGCCUGCCAAGAGGAGCUGGCGACGAAGGUGGAGCAGUUGAAGGCUGAGCUGGUGGUCUUCAAGGGGCUCAUGAGCAACAACCUGUCAGAGCUGGACACCAAGAUCCAGGAAAAGGCCAUGAAGGUAGACAUGGACAUCUGUCGCCGCAUUGACAUCACUGCCAAACUGUGCGACGUGGCCCAGCAGCGCAACUGUGAGGAUAUGAUCCAGAUGUUCCAGAAGAAGCUGGUCCCAUCCAUGGGGGGGCGGAAGCGGGAGCGCAAGGCUGCCGUGGAGGAGGACACCUCCCUGUCGGAGAGUGACGGGCCCCGCCAGCCCGAUGGGGAUGAGGAGGAGAGCACAGCCCUCAGCAUCAACGAGGAGAUGCAGCGCAUGCUCAGCCAGCUGAGGGAGUAUGAUUUUGAGGACGACUGUGACAGCCUGACUUGGGAGGAGACUGAGGAGACCCUGCUGCUUUGGGAGGAUUUCUCAGGCUAUGCCAUGGCAGCUGCAGAGGCCCAGGGAGAGCAGGAGGACAGUUUGGAGAAGGUAAUUAAAGAUACUGAGUCCCUGUUCAAAACCCGGGAGAAGGAAUAUCAGGAAACCAUCGACCAGAUAGAGCUGGAGCUGGCCACAGCCAAGAAUGACAUGAACCGGCACCUGCACGAGUACAUGGAGAUGUGCAGUAUGAAGCGCGGCCUGGACGUGCAGAUGGAGACCUGCCGCCGGCUCAUCACCCAGUCUGGGGACCGAAAGUCUCCUGCUUUCACUGCGGUCCCGUUUAGCGACCCGCCGCCGCCGCCAAGCGAAACUGAGGACUCCGAUCGUGAUGUCUCAUCUGAUAGCUCCAUGAGAUAGGAGCCCGUCUCACCUCGCUCCCCCAGGCCCCAUGCUUCUGGGAACACACCGAGGCAGAGGGCAAGGGGUUCCCCGAGGGGGUAUCCCUGUACCACCGCACCAAGCUUGGCCCCUGGGAACUGGGGCACUCCUGCCUUGGGCUUCCCUCCUUGGGCUUGGCCUGUCCAGGGUUCUGGGGUGUCUGGAGCUAGGCUUGGCCCUGCCCUUCCUGGGCAACUCCCACCACAUUCGGGGCUUUCCCGCCUUCACGUGUGGGUGACCGCUACUUCCCCAUCUUUAACUGCUGCCAGAGUGAUCGCAGCCCCUCACCCCCACGUGUCAGGAAUGUGAAUGCGGGACCGUCCCUCCAUGCCUGUGGUCCAGAGCCAGCGCGCUGUCCUCGAUUCCGCGCUGGUGCUCACUGGCCUAGGCGUUGGUAUGAAGUGAAUUCAGCCGGGGCUUCCGCAGUGGCUUUCGCAACACACACCGGUGCAGAGGGCUCCCCCGCUGUUAGAGGGCGCUCUGCACCCCACUGUUCCACCUGCCCAGGGCUGUCCGCCUGCUGACUGCGCGGUGUGUGUGGCUGUGACCCUCCCCUGGCGGGGGUGCCAUGCUUGAAAGAGACCUAAGAGCCUGGGACUGGGAGCAGCAUCCUGAAGGGAGGUGGAAGCUCUUGUCUCCCAGUCACUGCCGAGUGACAGGACGGGAAGCUCCCUGUAUGUGCACAAGGGUAUGUGCCUGUGUGCUCUCUGCUUCUUGGUAUCAGCCAAAGGUGUGCCUCUGCUGUCUGCCACACACCCAGACCAAGAGGCUAAGAAGUCGUCCCCGACGUGGAAAAACCUGGAGAAAUUGGGGAGACGUCAGUAUAGGAGGCUGUGCUGAGCUGACAGUGGAAU